GAUCAAUGUCAAAGGUGCUCCUGCUGCCAUUUCCAGAGCACCUCGGCAGCCCACAUGGUCUCUCCUUCUCCACUGGCCAUGGACAACACAAACACAGUCUCUUCAGCCCUAGAGCUGCCCCAGCACCUGGUGCCCAGCCCAGAAGAAAGCUCAGCGAGUCCGGGAGAGGAAGCACAGCACCAGCUGAGCAGCACAGCUGCGGUCCAGACCCUGGCCAGUGUCAUUCGGCCUUGCUACGGCCCCUGCGGCCGUAAGAAGCUCCUAGUGACCGUCACUGGAGAAACACUGUGCACGGGGUAUGCUGCAGCUAUCCUGAGGGCCCUACAGCUCGAGCACCCAGUGGCCCAGUUCCUCCGGGAAGCAGCCCAAACCCAGGCGGAGAACAGUGGGGAUGGCACAGCCUUCCUGGUUCUCCUGACAGAAGCCUUGCUGGAGCAGGCUGAGGACCUGCUGAAGGCUGGCCUGCCUCGCACGCAGCUCCGGGAGGCCUAUGCCACAGCCACGGCAGAGGUCCUGGCCGCACUGCCUUCCCUGGCCAUCCGAUCUCUGGGGCCUUUGGAAGAUCCUUCCUGGGCCCUCUACUCUGUGAUGAAUACCCACACUCUGUCCAAUACAGAGUUCUUGACCAAGCUGGUGGCCCAUGCAUGCUGGACUAGCAAGGAGCUGGAUGGCAGCUUCAAGCCAGAGCGUGUUGGAGUGUGCACGCUGCGUGGAGGGGCGCUGGAGGAUUCCUGCCUACUCCCAGGCCUAGUGAUGCCUGGGAAACCCUGUGGACAGAUGACCGUCGUAUUAACUGGUGCCAGGGUGGCUCUUUUUGUUUGUCCCUUUGGUCCCGCCAGCCCAAAUGCACCGGCAAUUGCCCUUCUUUCUAGUCCCGAUGACCUAGCUACAUUUAGUAAGGGGAGUGAACAACUGAUACAAAAGCAGAUUUCCCAGCUGGAAACUGUAGGCAUCAAUGUGGCGGUGGUAUGGGGAGAAAUUGAUGAGCAAACCCUCACGCUGGCUGAUGAAUAUGGCAUCAUGGUGAUCGAAGCCAAGUCGCGGAAGGAGAUGGUCUACCUGAGUGAGGUGCUGGACACACCUUUGCUCACUCAACUGGUUCCUCCUCUGAAGCCAGGGAAGUGCCAGAGGGUUUACAGGCAGGAGCUGGGAGAAGGUGUGGCUGUGGUAUUUGAAUGGGGCUGUCCAGGGACACCUGCCCUCACCUUGGUCCUCAGGGGGGCCACAGCUGAAGGGCUGCGGGGUGCACAGCAGGCUGCCUACCACGGCAUCGAUGCCUAUUUCCAGCUGUGCCAAGAUCCCAGGCUGGUUCCAGGAGCCGGUGCCACAGAGAUGGCUCUGGCAAAAAUGCUGUCAGACAAGGGAAGAAAACUGGAAGGGCCGAAUGGUCCUGCGUUCCUGGCAUUUGCCCGGGCCCUGCGGUCUCUUCCUAAAACCUUGGCUGAGAACGCAGGCUUAGCUGCCUCAGACGUGAUGGCAGAGUUGAGUGGAGUUCACCAAGUUGGGAACUUCCUAAUUGGAGUGGGAGCUGAGGGGAUUAUCAAUGUGGCUCAGGAAGGGGUAUGGGACUCCCUAGCGGCCAAAGCCCAAGGACUUCGAGCGGUUGCUGACGUGGUGCUACAGCUCGUGGCUGUGGAUAAAAUUGUGAUGGCCAAGAAAAGUCCCACCCAGCAGCAGAUCUUGAAUCCUGACACGAAGAAGAAAAAGGAAAGCCUAUCUGCUAUGCAAAAAAAAAUCCUUGAAAUGUACAAGGAACAUCAUUCGCAAUAA